AGCCCUGCCUGGCUUUUCUCAUACAAAACUACAACAGGAAGAACAUUACAAGGUGAGGGAAUUAUACAACAUGACCAAGGACGGGGAGGAGAGGAGACAAACACUUCUGUGUUUAUACCUGCUGUGUAAUCUCUGGAAUUGUUGGGACUCUGGUGCCAGGAAAAUUCUGGAACACAAAACUAGGAUGAUGGGGAGGAGGGGCCCAGUUCUAAUCUUGUCCCUCUGUCGGUUGGUUAAGCAGGUCAUAUCUCAGCACACUGCUGGGUCUCUGAGGUAAUGAAGGGCAAAACCAGACUUGAAGAGAGUUGGGGGUGGUGGUAGUGGUUGAGAAAUGUUAGAAAUGUGAGCUGUCCAGACCUGGGAGGAGGAGAUCUUUAUCAGUGACCCUUUGUACCUAUCCUCAUUCCAGAGGCCGACUUGGAAAAGUAACACAUUCAGUAAGAGAGAGACCCUCCAGCCCCUUGGGAACCGAAACCCUGGUCGAUGGCAAGCCUUGAGCCAGGGGAAGGCAGGCACUAGCGCCCCCUCCAGUCUGAGUGGAGCGCCCGCCGUUGCGGGUGUGUCCGCAGACGAGCCCAGCACCUCCGGACUGGGCACAUCCCGCGGGGCUCGCCCAAGCCGUGCUGCGUUUCCAUUCCUAGCCCUGGGCCCCUCCCUGUCUCUCUUCUUGACAAGCCAGCAGGCGGCAAGGGGAGGCACCGCCCUGAGAUCCCCGGGACGUCACUGACGCGCGGUCGAGCCUCCAGCCCGCCCCCCGGCUCGCCUUCCCUUCUCUCCUUAGCCGGUGACGCCGCCGCGGCCCGGGGCAACCAGCACUCGCACGCACGCACUCCCGCGCGCGCCACCUCGCCACCUCCUCCCGCACCCGGGUCAGAAGAUGGCGGCUCUCAAACUCCUGUCCUCCGGGCUUCGGCUCCGUGCCUCCGCCCGCAGCUCGCGGGGCGCCCUGCACAAGGGGUGUGUCUGCUACUUUUCUGUCAGUACUCGUCACCACACCAAAUUUUACACAGAUCCGGUAGAAGCUGUAAAAGAUAUUCCAAAUGGUGCAACCUUGCUGGUUGGCGGUUUUGGGCUGUGUGGUAUUCCAGAGAAUCUUAUAGGAGCUUUACUGAAGACUGGAGUGAAAGAUCUAACUGCAGUCAGCAACAAUGCAGGGGUUGACAACUUUGGCCUGGGCCUCUUACUUCGAUCCAAGCAGAUAAAACGCAUGGUCUCCUCCUAUGUGGGAGAAAACGCAGAGUUUGAGCGACAGUUCCUCUCCGGUGAAUUAGAAGUAGAGCUGACACCUCAGGGCACACUUGCAGAGAGGAUCCGUGCAGGUGGGGCUGGAGUCCCUGCUUUCUACACCAGCACAGGGUAUGGGACCCUGGUACAAGAAGGAGGAUCACCCAUCAAAUAUAACAAAGAUGGCAGUAUUGCCAUUGCCAGCAAGCCACGAGAGGUGAGGGAGUUUAAUGGUCAGCACUUCAUUUUGGAGGAAGCCAUCACUGGAGAUUUUGCUUUGGUGAAAGCUUGGAAAGCAGACCGGGCAGGAAAUGUGAUUUUCAGGAAAAGUGCAAGAAACUUCAAUUUGCCAAUGUGCAAAGCUGCAGGAACCACAGUGGUGGAGGUUGAAGAAAUUGUAGACAUUGGCUCGUUUGCCCCAGAAGAUAUCCACAUUCCAAAGAUCUAUGUACACCGCCUUAUAAAGGGAGAAAAAUAUGAGAAGAGAAUUGAGCGUUUAUCACUCCGAAAGGAAGAUGAUGGAAAAGCUAAAUCUGGUAAGCCUGGGGAUGUCAGGGAGCGGAUCAUCAAGAGAGCCGCUCUGGAGUUUGAGGAUGGCAUGUAUGCUAACUUGGGUAUAGGGAUACCUCUUCUGGCCAGCAACUUCAUCAGUCCCAACAUGACUGUCCAUCUUCAAAGUGAAAAUGGAGUCUUGGGCUUGGGCCCAUACCCACUAAAGGAAGAAGCUGAUGCUGACCUUAUCAAUGCAGGAAAGGAAACAGUUACUGUUCUCCCAGGAGCCUCUUUCUUCUCCAGCGAUGAAUCAUUCGCCAUGAUUAGAGGGGGACAUGUCAAUCUAACAAUGUUAGGAGCCAUGCAGGUUUCUAAAUAUGGCGACCUGGCCAACUGGAUGAUACCUGGGAAAAUGGUGAAAGGAAUGGGAGGAGCCAUGGAUUUAGUGUCCAGUUCCAAAACCAAAGUGGUGGUCACCAUGGAACACUCUGCAAAGGGAAAUGCACAUAAAAUCAUGGAGAAGUGCACAUUACCACUGACGGGCAAGCAGUGUGUCAACCGCAUCAUUACAGAAAAGGGUGUGUUUGACGUGGACAAGAAAAACGGGUUGACACUGAUCGAGCUCUGGGAAGGCCUGACUGUUGAUGACAUCAAGAAGAGCACGGGCUGUGACUUUGCGGUUUCACCAAACCUCAGGCCAAUGCAGCAGAUUUCAACUUGAAGGGUCGACUGGACAUUUGUCCCAAGCUGCUAAGAUUUCCUUUUCAACACAUAGGAUUUAAAUGAAAGGAUGUCAGUAAUCAACAGUUAUCUAUUUAACAAGAAGUUUUGGCUAAUUUUCUUCUAGUAUUUCUGGAUUUGUGCAGCCAUAGACUUUGUUCUCUCCAGUGUGAUGUAUCAGUCCCAUGAAAAACAAAAGGAAAACAUUUCAUUGUGGUCUUGCUUCAUGAGUGCUAAGAAUGUCGUCUUUAUCAUCGGUGCUCACAGUGGAUAUAUGUACAUCCUUUAUGCUAAAUAUAUAUAUUAAACCUUGACUUAGCAGCCCUGAAGGAAAAUUUUCAUGUGCAUUUGUGAUUAGGUAGAAUACUUUUUUAUGACUAUGUAUCUUUUACCUUCCUCUUUUCUGAGAGAUGCCAGUUAUGCUUGCCUUCUUAGAACAUCAUUCUUCCUUUCAUACUUCUUAUACCUAAACAGAUACUCAAGAAGGCAAACAGGAACAUCCUGUUUGCAGGAAAGCAGUAAGCAGAAGAAACAACAAGGCAUAGGCUCUACCAGUGCUGGCAUCCCACCAGAUGUUGCCUUUAAAAACAACCAACCAUCUACCUAUGUGUGCAAAUAGUUGAGGCUAAAUAUGGGAGAAGGACAAGACACCUACUGACAUACUUACCUAGUUCUCCUAUUUUAAGAUGGUGUGCUAUCCCUUUGUAUUCUGAAGACUCUGUUUCUGUGUUGAGCCCCAGUGUUUACUUAUACAGCUUCUCUUGAGCAAAAAAAGAACCAUGGGCAAUUUAUCAUGAGUCGUGAAUCACAAUGACAGCAGUAUUUAAAAAGAUGAUAUUCUAAGAUAUUUCCCUUUUAAGCUCUUCAUUCUGCUCAGCAAAGAUUGUAAACACUGACUGACCUUUUCUAUACUACAAUGGAGUUCUGCAUAGGCUAGUUCUCUUAACAAAGUGCUACUACUUUAGCCUUACAUGUGUUGGGGAAAUGAUGGGAAAGGCUGGGAUCUGAGUAGUUGGCAGGCUUUGUGCAUCAGAGUAAACACAGUAGCUUGCAUUUAUCAGGGAUGCUUCCUCAGAAGGAGCUACAAUACAGACAGUUGCCAGUGGGCAUCACUCCAGAAGCAACCUUGGUAUCAGAUGUCUGAAAACCUAGGCACCCUGAAGUUAGACGGGACAGCUGUUGUCUGUACAGUGAAACAUAUCAUCCUUCUGGCACUAAUUAUAGGAAUUUAUGCACGUCUUAGGUGAUGGUUGUCACUGGAACUCACUCCUCAAAUAUAGCCACGGCUGACCUGUACACAAUGUGAAGGGAAGAUAAGCUUUUCCUCCGUAGGACACUCUGUGUAGGUCUGCUUUAAUGGAUGGUGACAUGGUUGAAAGCAUCCUCUGCUCGUGUUGGUAAGAAGAACCCGUCUUAGAAGGUGCAGAGCCCACGAGAGUACACGUCAAUAUUAGAGUACACAUUUAGAAAAUGUUCUUAUUGUCGAUAUCGAUCUGUCUUUAGAUGCACUUGCUUAUCAUUCCAGUCUGUUACUUUAAGACAGGGGGUUCUAAGAACAUUUUAAACUUCAAAGCCUGAAUAGACAACUUAAGAUUCAAAGAAUGCCAUGAUAUUUAAAAAAAAAAAAAAAAUGUGUAAAGUGAUACAAUAAAAAUUGCAGAUUGGCAGAGA